CCCAAACCAUUUCCUGAUUCUAUGAAGAAAUGCUACUAAUUACCACUAAUUUCUGCAUUACUGCAGUGACACCAGCAGCUUCCUUUACAGUACCACUAAAUAUUUUAAAGGUUAUUUUGAAAAGGUGUAGGUCAGGUCUAGAAGGCACUUCCUUUGUAAAUAUAAUGACUGGAAUUGUCCAUAAAGAUGGCAGUUGAAUUUGAAAAGAGGGCCUCAAGAAAGAGGAUGUCUGAACUGAUGCAGGUGGAAAGGGUUAUUGAUGCAACUGAGCUUAAGACUCUGCUUGCUGAAUUCUUGAGGCUGCUGGAUUUAAAGCGUUUACUGGGAAGCUGCUGAGAGUGCGGAGCACGCUUCCCUUGCGGGGAUAGGCAGGCAGCCAGCAGGCGGCAGGAAGAGCUCAUUAAACCCACAGUGCUGUGCAUUAACCAGGCACCGCGGAUUUUCGCUGCAAAGCCUGUUUUGCCUCUCACGAAUUCUUACUAAACGGCGCGGAUCGUUCGGAGAGGUGAGGAGGGAAGGGCUGAAGCGCCAGCCCGGCCGAUGCCGCGGAGCGCCGCGCGGUGCUGCCCUCGGGCCGCGCUCAGCCCGCCCAGGUGGCCGCGGCGGGGCCGGGACAAGCCGGGGCGGUGCCGCCCGGCCCGCCCCCACCUCGGGCUGUACGGGAAGUGAUGUUGCCUUGACGGAAAAGACACGGUCGGAGCCCCCAAAAAAAAAAUAAAAAAGGCAGGUGCGGCGUGACGCGGCUGCGGGAGCUCCGGCGGCCGGGAGGCGAGCAGAUGAGAAAUGGCUCUUUUUGCAUGACUAUGGUAUUCAAGAGAUCUGACCUGUGUCAGGAAACUUGUCACUGAAGCACAUUUGGAAAACUACAGAUCCAUUCACAGCUGUUAAACAUAGGUGCCGCCUGAAUUCUCACUAUGUCUGAUGGGGACUACGAUUACCUCAUAAAAUUCCUAGCGCUUGGUGAUUCUGGAGUAGGAAAGACCAGCCUUCUUUACCAGUAUACAGAUGGCAAAUUUAAUUCCAAAUUCAUCACAACAGUGGGCAUUGACUUCCGGGAAAAAAGAGUGGUGUACAGACCCAAUGGGCCGGAUGGUGUUGGUGGCAGAGGACAGAGGAUACAUCUUCAGCUCUGGGACACUGCAGGGCAGGAAAGGUUUCGUAGCUUGACUACAGCUUUCUUCAGAGAUGCCAUGGGGUUUCUUCUACUCUUUGAUCUGACGAAUGAGCAAAGCUUUCUGAAUGUCAGGAACUGGAUAAGUCAGCUACAAAUGCAUGCGUAUUGUGAAAACCCAGACAUUGUCUUAUGUGGAAACAAGAGUGACCUGGAGGACCAAAGGAUGGUGAAGGAAGAAGAUGCUAAGGAACUUGCAGAAAAAUAUGGAAUACCAUAUUUUGAAACCAGUGCGGCAAAUGGGAAUAAUGUAAGCAAAGCCAUUGAAACUCUGCUUGACCUCAUAAUGAAGCGCAUGGAACGAUGUGUGGAUAAAUCCUGGAUCCCUGAAGGGGUGGUGCGCUCCAAUGGGCACAGCUCUACAGAACAACUGAAUGAGGAGCAAGAAAAAGGCAGAUGUGGCUGUUAGCCCAGUUACAAUUAACUUUAAUGUGUAUGAUACAGUACAGUUGCAGCUUACCUGUUUAACUUUGGGAAAAAUUGCUUUGUGUAGUUAUUUAAUGAGCUAUAUUAAUUCUUGAUACGAAUUUUUAUUUGCUUUCUCUCAAACAACAUUGAUCUCCACUUGUAAGGUAGGCAGUUUAUUAGCUGUGGGACAGAGAUUUAAUUUGGUUUAGCACUGGAUGUUCCUCUAAUUCUCUGCUUGGGGGGAAAGGGGACAAAAGGAAUUUUCAUUACCAAAUUCAGAAACAUGUCUCUAUGGGCAGAAAGGGUAGGCUUCUGUGUUGAAGGGUUUGCAGUUGCCCUUGGCAGUCUCCAUUAACUACACAGAGUAGGCAUUUAGAUUAGAUAUUGUGACAGCUCUUGGUGUCUCCUAACAGCAAGAUAACCAACUCGCUUCUUGGUUUUAAACAGAAACAUUUAAUAAUUUUACCAAUUAAUAACAAUCUUAAAGAGCACAUCCUAUGUUUUCCACAAAAGCCUGAGAGUAGUUUUUCCUUGCUCUCCUAAUCCAUCAGUUUUCAGUGAUGAAAACCAAAGGGAAGCACUUCAGUGCAGAAUAAAAAGCUCCAGAGAAGCACAGGGGUGUGCACACAGAGCACUUGGGGCAUGUCAUGUAAUUGAACAUGUAAACUACAACUGUACUACAUGAAAUACAUCCAAUGCAGUCUAGGAGAGACCUCCUAACAUCACAUGAAUUUCUAGAACAUGCAUGUAUGUAAAUUUAUAAGUAAAUGGUAUAACUGUGCAUCUGUUAUGUUUGUUUCAUACUGCUACUCAGAUUUUAACAGGAAUGUAGGGCAACCUAGAUUUCAGGAAAAUUUCAUCAGAGUUGGUGCUUUGCACUGAAUUUGUUUUACCAAACACAGAUUGAGAAUGUUUCUUCAAAUUUGGAUUGAGAAAGGAGUGAUUAUUGCCUUCUGGUGAGAUGCAGCUAAGAUACUAGUCCUGUAGAUCAGUAUUUCUAUGAAUUUAUAAUGCUCACUUUAUUCUGCCAACCUUUGUGUCUUGAACAUCUUGCUUAUCAUAUAGUAAUUUAUGGCUUGUUAAUUUCCUUUAGAUUGUAUUUUAAAAAGAAAAUACUUUCUUUUCUUUCCCCUCAACUACAGAUCAUAUAAAUGUAAUUUUUGUUUUCAGUGGAUCAUGUUACUCUAACCAUUUUUAUUUAUUCAUGUGACCUAGGAUACAAUCAGUAUUUUUUGGGCUUUUGCUCAGACUGAUUUAUAAGAUGUGCCUACCAAACUGUUUUCUACCCUGGCAGAGGUUGUAUAAUUGUAAGGUAUUGCCAAUUAAAGUCAUAACAUGCCAAAUUGAGUCUUGUUACAGACCCUUCAGAGCAGCUUGUUUACAGAACUCCAAAGCUAUUGCUUCUUUAGAAAUUAUGUAUUUAUUUAUUUAAAUAUUCUAACUACUGCAGUUAGAGGCAAUUAUUGAUACCAGUUACAAACAUGAAUUGCAGCAUAACAAAAUUUUUGAAGGAAGGACCAAAAAUGUUUCUAGAAUAAGAUCUAAGGAAAAUAAAAGAUUUGAUGUAGCUUCUGGUUAUAUUAAUUAAUACAAGAAUAAGUGUUUAAACUUGGUUCUUAAAAUAUUUUACACAGUAAUGCAUUGUUCUUUAACAAACACAAUGUGUAAAUAUUAGAUUUUUAUCACAGCCUACACAGAAUAUUUUAAAAGUGCAAUAUAAUUUGACUGCUCUGGGGCUAGGAUAGAGAUAAAAGAAAUUUAUAUGAGUAUAGGGUUUUGGUUUUUUCUACUCCACUUCUAAAAUGCUUGUAGACCGGAGUUACUGUAGUUUAAUUCAGAGUGCCUUUUGAAGUUACCAUCAUGUUUCUGACCAGUAGAGUAAGAAACUCUAGUGUAAGACACAAUACAUUUCAAUGUACUUCAGUGUCUGAAUUUCUUUUAAUAUAACUCUUUGGUUUUCAGAGGGUUGUAGUGGAACUUAGUCAUGCAUUAACUUAAAAUGGGAGUUUUCACGCUUAUAGCUCCAUCCAGUUCCUGAAAACUUUAAGGAUUAUCGCAACCAGCUAUUGAGCUAAGUGACUACUGAAAUAGUGUAAAAAUAUUUCCUUUUGAAUACUUAUGUUUAAAUUGGAUAUUAAAUAUUAAAUACUGAAACUGUCA